AUGCAAGCGGACUUUAGACCUGCACACAAGCUGGGAACCGAAAGCCUGCAAACCCACAAGAGGAAAAAACUGCUCGCUCUCCACCAGAAGACAGCUUUAAGCCACUCUUUAGCCAAGCCGUGGGGGUCGGGAAAUGCCGGCUCGGGGAAGCAGGGGAGCCCCAACGUUGUCUUCCUGAAGACCCACAAGACAGGAAGCAGCACGGUGCAGAACAUACUCUUCCGCGCUGGCGAGCGGCGCAACUUGACUGUGGCCUUUCCCCGCUACUCCUAUCAGUUUGCGUACCCUGAACGCUUCUCAAGGGACUUUGUGGAAGACCUCCCGCCGAGGACUUCCCAUUUCAACUUGCUUUGCAGCCACAUGAGGCUGGACGCCAGGGAAGCGCAGGCUGUCGUGCCCCCUCCGACCGUCUUCCUUACCAUCCUCCGCGACCCAGUGCAGACUUUUGAAUCUGUCUUCCACUACUACCGAAACAUCGUGCCUGCCUUCCAGCCGCUGUCCAAUCGCUCCAGGCCGCUGCUCGCGUUUCUCGAGGCAUCCGACCGGUACUAUGACGCUCAAGAUGUCAGCAACGGGCUAGCCAGGAACCCCAUGACUUUUGACUUGGGCUUGAAUGCGAGUCAGGAAGCAGCGCCGGGAAGCUGGUGGGCAAGCGAGCUAGAAAGGCUCAACCAGACCUUUCAGCUGGUGAUGAUCGCCGAACAUUUCGACGAGUCCUUGCUCCUCGCACGAGAACUGUUAGGGCUGGACAUGGAGGAACUGGUGUACGCCAGGCUGAACGUUCGCCAUAAGGAGGAGGAGCCGUUGGCCAAGGAGCUGGUACCGAAGAUCCAGGCCUGGAACUGGUUUGACGUGCAGCUCUACAGGUUUUUCCAGAGAAUCUUCUGGCGCAAGGUGGAGCGCUAUGGCUACGUGCGCAUGAAACGGGAGCUAGCCGCCUUCCGGGCCCUGCUACAAGAGACUGCGGGGAAGUGUCUGUCGGGAGAGCCUGUUGGCCCAGAGGUCAUGGCAGACGAGCUUCGGCCUUGGCAGCCCGGAAGCGUCACCAUUCUGGGCUACAAUCUGAGGAAGAACCUCACCUCUGACCACUAUAGAGCCUGUUUCAGGAUGGUCUUACCCGAGCUCCAGUAUCACGCUUACCUCUAUUACAGGCAAUAUGGAAGGGAGAUGCGCCCCCUUCCCAAGGCAUAA